AUGUUUCGAAUUCUGUCAACAUAUUUUAAAAUCGUACAAUAUAAAAUUUGUUAUUAUUUUUUGGGAAUUUUUGCCGUUCUUGAUGAUUUAAAAGAUCGUGAUAAAAAUAAGUUUGAAAUUAUCAAAAAACAAGGAAAAGUAGCUGUUAUUACAGGAGGAGCUCGAGGUAUUGGCCUGGAAGUAGUUAAGAAACUAGUUCAAUGUGAGAUGCAUAUUGUAAUAGGAUGCCGCAAUGUGAAAGCAGGUCAAAAAACAAUCAAACAGCAUAUUCCGUCAGAUGCAUCUAUUGAAAUAUAUGAACUAGACCUUAAAUCAUUUACUUCGGUAAAAGGUUUUGCUCAACAAGUAUUAACCAAUCAUGAUCAAAUUCAUAUACUUGUAAAUAAUGCUGGUGUUAUGUUUGUACCAUAUGAAAAGUGUGAAGAUGGUUAUGAAGCACAUUGGACUAUAAAUUACUUGAGUCAUUUUUUAUUAACAGAAUUAUUAUUACCAGCUCUGAAAAAGUCAGGAUCGACAAAUGAGCAUGCACGAGUAAUAAAUGUUUCUUCUUGUGCUCAUGAAGCUUCUCCUCUAAUUAAUUUCAGCUUAAUUAGRAACAGUCAAGGUUAUAUUACAAAUGCAGCUUAUGCAAUGUCUAAACUAGCUCAAUUAAUGUCAACUAAAUAUUAUAAUAAAACACUAGCAAAUACUAAUGUUCAAGUUUUGGCUGUGCAUCCUGGCAUUGUAAAUACAGAAUUAUUUAAUGGAACAUUGUUGAAAAUGACAAUGCCGUGGAUAUUGAACUACAUUUGCAAAACUCCAGAAGAAGGGUCACGAUGUGUUGCUUAUGCUUGUGUUUCUCCAAUAUUAGAAGGAUGUGGUGGUUAUUAUGCGAAUUGUCAAUCUGCAAAAUAUUUACCAUAUGUUGAUGAUGAAGAGACACAAAAAAAUCUUUAUGAUACAUCUAUGGUUAUGAUAAAACAUUUUUUAUAAGUAAAUUAAUGAUUGGAUUAUUUGUAAUUAAUUCUU